AAAAAAAAAAAAAGCCUGCGCGACGCGUUGCCAUAGCUACCGAGUAGUUUGGUUCCCGCCUCCAGCUGGGCUGGUAGCGAGGUUCCUUUGUUCUUGUGAAAUUAUAAAUCUACCCAGGAGGGCAAGGAAAGUGACUGAAGAAGAAUGGAAAACUUUAGGGAAGAGGUGGAAGUUCUGGGGUCUCCUUCAGAGGUUUUACAACCUGAGGUUACUGUGGUGGUGACAGGAGAGCCGCCUAAAGCUGUAGAAGAAGAUCUAGAUGAUGAAGAAGAGGAAGAGACCUCCCCAGAAGUCAGAGAGACACUGUCCCUUCUAGACGUGCUGAGGGUGUCUGCAGUCAUGGAGGACAUCAUUGACCAGCUCUCCAUUCUCGGCUACAUCAUUCCAGUUCAGUAUGAAAGAAGGCAGAGUAUCACCCAGAAAGCCAACCACGAAGGAGCAUCUGUGAUUCCAACCACACCGAAAAAAUCUGCUUCUUUGAUAAUUAAAGAAAAAUCCAUGAUGGCAGAAAGCAAACAGAGAGGGCAGGACUUUACCUUUAAAAAACCUACAAAACAAACCAUGAUGACUCUGGAGACAAUGAAGAAAAUUCAGAACGACAGGCAAUAUUUCAGUGAUGUGAUUGCAAAUGCCAUGACGGAGAUGCAAGAUUCUGGCUCUUUCACCAGUCUCCUGGAAGCCUUGGGCAAAGAAAGAGACAGCAAAAUGAAUUUCCACGAUGUCAUCACAAGGGAGGAAAAGGGAAGAAAACAGAUAAAAACUCUUCAAAAACAAUUACUUGAUGUCAAAAGGGAGCGUCAAAUGCAAGUACAGAACGGGAACGAAUACAUUGCUCACCUCAGGGACCAGCUACAAGAGAUGAAGGCAAAAACCAACUUGGAGAAUCUUUAUAUGAAAAGAAAUGCUGAGCUUCAGAUUUCCCAGACCCAGAAGAAAUGUAACCGAGCAGAAGAACUCUUGCUGGAGGAGAUUGAGGCUCGGGAUUACACGGGUGAUCCCAGCUUCAGCGUGAUGGUGGAAAGGUGUGACCUUGGGGGCAUCCUUGAGGUAGGCCCUGACUUCUGUGGGGAUGGUACAACCCUGAAAACCCCCUCGGUGGUUGACAACAAAGAAAAGGUGGUCGUUAAGGUGGCCAAAGAAAAACUUCCAACCAUGCUGAGUGAACCUGGAGCUGAGAGUCAGUACCUGCUGAGUUACGGGUACGUAGGGCUGUUUGGGCUGCAGCCUGACUCUGCUCCUUGUGUACUUGUGCAGAUCCGGGAGUAUGAGCAGGUCAUUAUUGAGGACCGGAUAGAAAAGGAGAAGACCAGGAAGAAGUUGGAGCAGGAUGACCUGGAACUGAGGAGCAUCGUGAAGCUCCAGGCCUGGUGGCGAGGGUCAGUGGUCCGGAAGGAAAUUGGCAAUUUCAAAAUGCCCAAGAAAGAUAAAGAUGACAGCAAAGACUCGAAAGGCAAGGAGAAGGAGAAGAGGAGAAAGAAGUAAGCAGUUUCUGCUGUUCCUUCCCUCUCAGGCCUCGCGACACUCGUGGCGCUGCCACAGCGCCUACCUCCAGGCUCACAGAGACACCUAGGGAGUUGGUGCUGCCUGACACUCUAGU